AUGCUCGCCACCAUCGCCAUGGGGUUCCUUUUCGCGUACCAGUCGUGGGGUGACUGGGACAGCAUCAUGCUCACGUUCGUCAACACGUUCACUCUGAUCGGCGGCGCCGUCAAACUGGCGCACUUCUCCAGCCACGUCGGCGCCUACCGGCGACUCGUCACCGCACUUCGUGACGUCAUCAGCGUGCAGUGGGCGCACUGCCAGCGCGACGCUGCCUUGAUGGCCAUCUUCACCGGCUCUCACCGGAAGGCCCUGUGGCUGACGUGGGCCCCCAUGGUGUACCUCAACAUCCUGGGCCCCGUCUGGUUCAUGAUGCCCGUAGUGGCCUGGGCAUCGGGCGUUCCCGGCCGCCAGUUCCCCUUCGCCAACGUGCGCGGAGUCGUCAAGACGAAUUUCCCGCUCUACAUCGCCGUCUACUUCAUACAGUGCCACUCAGUUUUCUACUGGAACUUUUUAAGCUUCGGUCUGGAUAUAUUCUUCGUCACGUGCAUGAUAUAUAUAGCUGCACAACUGCGUAUAACGGGAGAGCGACUUUCGACUGUCGGCAGAGGAUCAAAAGACGAGGAAAGUAGAGCUGUGUAUAACGAAAAGUCGCGAUUGCAAAAGUUUGGAGCCAAAUCGUGCAACUCAUCAGAGGCUAGCGGAGGGUCAGAAGAGAUGUACUCGGAAUUGGUGGACUGUGUCAAGGCUCAUCAGCACACACUGAGCUUCCUGCACGUGCUGCAGGACGUGAUGAGCCCGGUGGCGAUGGCGCAGUUCGUGUGCAGCGCCACGGCUGCCUGCAUCACGCUCUUUCAGGCCACGUUCGAAUAA